CGGCCCAAAACCCUAAUUGCCUGCUCUUCCGAAAUUUCUCUUAAACCCUAGAACUCAAUCGCUGCUAUUCCUCUCUCUACCCUGGUGAUUUCACGAAGCCAUGAUCACCGGCGGCCAGAGCUUCGUAUCCUCGCCGCCGGCCUUCUCAAACGAUGGCAAAAAGCUCCUCGUUUGCACUCGCGCCACCGUCUCCGUGUUUAGUACCUCCACAGGCCUCCAGGUUACGGAAUUGGAGGGUCAUACGGACCGGGUGACUUCUGUUGUCGUUGUUCCUGUUACCGGGCCUGCGAGUAAGUUCAUGUCUUUCUGCUGGACUUCGUCGCUGGAUGGAAAUGUUUGUUAUUGGGAUUUUGCUGCUUCGGAAUUAGUGAAGAAGGUCAAUGUUCAGCUUCCCAUCUGGUCCAUGGUGAUUCCAAAUAUGCCAAAUGCCAUAGUUCAGAGCAAUGAGAAAUCCUCCAGCCUUUAUGCAUUCCUUUCAGUUGAGGAUACUAGUAAAUCAGCUGACCAGCAAAAAGCAUUGGUGGGGCAGAUUCAAAUUUUCAACUUACGCAAUGCACGCCGUGUAGGAGGAUUGCUUGCUGAGACUCGAAAACCUGAGUGCAUCACUAUGAGUAACUCUGGGGAAUUUUUAGGUAUUCGGAAUAAGCGUAAACUUCAUAUAUGGCGGGUACCUUUAAAAGAUUAUAAGUAUGACGAGAUUAGAAAAAUUAAAUUGCAUCACACGAAGAACUUGAGUGCGCUUGCAUUUCAUCCUACUGAAAGAAUUGUAGCUGGGGGUGAUGUUACGGGAAGAAUAUUAAUUUGGAGAGGCUUUGGAAGGAAGAUGUUCUCAGAAAGCCUGCUUCCCCACGGUAGAGAAAAGAUCAGGAAUGAUGAAGAAAGGCCUGGUGUGAGAGGCAAUGAUGAUUCAGACUCUUGUUCGACAUGGCAUUGGCACCCAAGUGAAGUAAAAUUUCUUUUCUUCUCCUCUGACGGAGCAUAUUUGUAUUCAGGUGGAAGAGAAGGUGUGCUUGUGGUGUGGCAGCUUGACACUGGAAAGAAAAAGUUCAAGCCACGACUAGGAUCCCCGUUACUAUAUUUUUCUGCUUCUUCUGAUCCAUCUCUUUCUUGUAUAUCUUGUGCAGAUAAUCAAAUUCAUCUGGUAAAAAUGCCUUCAGUGGAUCUAGUAAAGUCUAUUUCUGGAAUUAAGCCCCCUUUUUCAGUUCCAGAUGUUUGUGAAGGUGUAAAUGGUGGGGUUGUGUUUGAUCACUCUUCUGGGUCAGUUGGUCUCAGGACUGAAAACUAUUGCAUUCAGUUCUUUAGCUUGCUUGACAACCUAGAGGCUUCACAGGUUCAAGUGUGUGAAAGAAAUCAUCAACCUGUUGAUGAUGUCACGGUGGUUGUUCAAUUGAUAGCUCUUUCCAGAGAUGGUUCUAUCAUGGCUACUGUUGAAGUAAAACUUCCUGAAGAGGGAAUUGGCGGACUUGUAAAUCUAAAAUUUUGGACACAGGGAUCCAAGACUGGUGAAUACAGUCUAUCCACAGUUAUUUAUGAGCCUCACAGCGAAGCUGGAAUUUCUGCUCUUGCAUUCCGUCCUGACAAUUGUAUGGCUGUCACCUCUUCUUUUGGUGGUGAUUUUAAGAUCUGGGUUAAUAGUUCUGGUGUUCAACGUAAAGAUCAAAUUCUUCAGAAAUCAGGCUGGCGCUGUAGAUCUGUUGGUGCAUACAAGAAAAGGCCAAUGACUGCUGCCGCAUUUUCUUCUGAUGGAUCUGUCUUAGCUGUUGCAGCAGAAACUGUUGUUACUUUGUGGGACCCUGAUACAAAUGCUCUUGUUGCUGUAAUAGGAGAUUCGUUUACUCCAAUUGUAGCGCUUUCUUUUGUUGGGGACUUGGAAUAUUUGAUUUCAGUUUCCCGGGGCUCAAGGCCACAGUUAGCUGUAUGGAAUUUACCUAAGCUAUCAAUGCAUUGGUCUUACAUGCUUUCUGUAGAAGCUGUAGCAGCCUCUGGUGGAGAUGGAUCUAAAUUUGCUGUCCUAGCAUGUCCGACACGGGAGGCCAAUGCAAGAGAACAAGAUGGAAUAAUCUUAUUAUUUGAAGUUGAUGAUCUAGUUCCGAUGUCCACUUGGUCGGUCAAGAAGGCAAGGGGAGGCAAUCUUACUUUUCUAUCGUCCAAUCUGUUUCCUCAAGACCCAAAUGUUACAGAGCGAAGAAAUUCUCCAUUGCUCGUCUAUGUAAAUGGUGAUCAUGAAUUUGAAGUAUUUGAUCCUCAUGGUAAUCAAAGUCAGAUAGGAAGACUGCAUCGGAAAAACCCCACUGCCGCAGAAGAACCAAUGAGGUUUGGAUAUGAAUCGAUUUACGGUGAAUUACCCGAAUUUGAUCUGAAGAAAGAUCAGAUACCGGAAAUUCCUUUUGCUCCAUCUGAUAGACCAUGGGAAACAAUAUUCAGUGGACCAUCACAUGUUCUUCCACCCCUCACCAAACUUUGUUCGACUUUUCUGGAAUCCAUACUCGAAAGAAACACAACACUAAAAGAGUGAUAUUGUUCCAAGGAACCGGUAACAUGGCUCAUCCAAUUGUACUUCACCAUUAGAAAGGAAUCACAGAAUGCUGUUGUGAUGCCGAUGAGAUGAAAUUAAAAGCCGAGCAAAUGAAAGGUUAUUUAUCUUGUCGUUGUAUUCUGAAUAUAAUUCUCAAAAUCUGAGGCUCCUUUGUGCUCGGAAAUUUUUGUCUUUGCCCAAUUAGGUUAAGGUUGGGAUUUUGUGUUCUAGUAUUUUUCUUGUUUUUUUUUAGUUAACAUUUACAAGUGUGCUUACUCCCACAUUAGUACUGUAUUUUUGUGUUGAGGUAUGCUUUUUGUUUUAGUGUGUCCAGCGCUGUAUCAGUUUGGAUGUCUUUAUUUUUUUCAUACAUAUCAUAUGUAUCAUCAA